AUGAGUACAGAAACAUCAUUAAGUGCCAAAGACAAACUAAAAAGAGCUGUUAAAGAGUAUGGAUCAACAGUUAUUAUUUUUCAUGUGUCUAUAUCUCUACUUUCUUUGGGAGGAUGCUACAUCCUCGUAUCUAGUGGUGUCGAUGUAAUGGCCAUACUGAAAUACUUCAAUAUGACAGAGGGUCCGCUGUCGACUGCAGUGGCCUCAAACACUGGUACUUUUGUAAUAGCCUACGGAAUUCACAAAAUAUUUGCACCGGCAAGAAUAGCUGUAACUUUAACAGCUACUCCAUUUAUUGUGAGAUAUCUAAGAAAUAUUGGAUUUUUAAAACACAGUGGUGGUGGAAAAUAA